AGGAGCGCUAUGUAACCGCUCGGAUGGUUGUACACAGCAGUCCGGCGCUCUCAGCUGUUUGCUUAUAGCUAGCCUCGUCACAUUUAAAGGACAACGUUAUCCUGCCACACUUUCAGUGGGCUCCGGGCGAACAGGACCAGGGCUCCCAGAAGGCCGUUGCGGUGCCAGGGGAACCCCAGGAAGCAAGCUGGAAGGCGGGGAGUUGGAGGGGGCUGAGGGCCCGGCCUUCGUCCUGAGGCACAGAGGCUGCAGCGCCAGCAUGAGUCCCCGGGAGCAGGGGGCGGGGCCUGCGGCGUGCAGCGAGGGCCAGCCCGACCACGCCACACACAACGGGGACAUCCCAGAAUCCAAGGAGCAAAGAGGGUCCGAGGAUGAAGAGGAGAAGAACUCGGACGAAGGCUUCAUGGGCAUGACGCCGCUGCUGCAGGCCCACCACGCCAUGGAGAGGAUGGAGGAGUUUGUGCACAAGGUGUGGGAGGGCCGGUGGAGGGUGAUCCCGCACGACGUCCUCCCUGAUUGGCUGAAGGAUAAUGACUUCCUGCUGCACGGCCAUCGCCCGCCCAUGCCCUCCUUCAGGGCCUGCUUCAGGAGCAUCUUUAGAAUCCACACCGAGACCGGCAACAUCUGGACUCACCUGCUGGGCUGUCUGUUUUUCCUCUGUCUGGGCAUCGUCUACAUGUUCCGGCCCAACAUGUCGUUCGUGGCCCCGUUCCAGGAGAAGAUAGUGAUUGGGAUGUUCUUCCUGGGGGCCAUCCUCUGCCUGUCCUUCUCCUGGCUCUUCCACACCGUGUACUGCCACUCGGAGGCCGUGUCCCGCGUCUUCUCCAAGCUGGAUUACUCGGGAAUCGCCUUCCUGAUCAUGGGCUCCUUCGUGCCCUGGCUGUACUACUCCUUCUACUGCUCCCCGCAGCCCUGCUUCAUAUACCUGAUCGUGGUCUGCAUCCUGGGCAUCUCUGCCAUCACCGUGUCUCAGUGCGACUUCUUCGCCACGCCGCAGUACCGCGGGGUCAGGGCCGGUGUGUUUGUGGGGCUGGGCCUGAGUGGUGUGGUUCCUACGCUGCACUUUGUGAUCUCAGAGGGCUUCCUGAGAGCCACCACCAUGGGGCAGAUGGGCUGGCUCUUCCUCAUGGCCACGCUCUACAUCACUGGGGCCUGUCUGUAUGCCGCCCGCAUCCCUGAGAGGUUCUUCCCGGGAAAGUGCGACAUCUGGUUCCACUCUCAUCAGCUGUUCCACAUCCUGGUGGUGGCGGGGGCCUUCGUGCACUUCCACGGAGUGUCCAACCUGCAGGAGUUCCGCUACACCGCUGGGGCCGGGUGUGCCGAGGAGGGUGCGCUGUGAGCGCCGGCCUCUGGGGUGCCGAAACGCGCCGCUCAACCGCGCCACCAGGGGGAGACAGACCACCGGCGAGCAACACGUCUUUUUUAAAUCCACAAGGAUGAAACAAGAGGACGACAUUAAAGGACGAGGUUUCUUUUCUUUUGGAAAACUACCUAAGUCUUGUCUUUUUCUUUUUAAUAAACUGCACCAAUGGGAGACAUUAAGGUUCAGAAAAGAAGCAUAUGUAUAGAUACUAAUAAAUUAUAAUAGUCGCAGAGUCAUAAUUAUAAUUGUCAAUAUGCUAAAAAUAAGACGAGAGAAACAUUUUGGUUUUAUUGACAAAUUUAAAAGGCAAAAAAGUAUGUGUGAAGAGUUUGUCUCUCUUCCAUACAGGGGGGAGGGUGCUUUUAAACUGAUUUUUCAUGUACAUAAGAUUUCUAACUUUGGGUUAUAUAGAUUUGUAUUAUAUAUAUAAAAAAACAAAAUCAAAAAAAUGUUAAAGCUAUAAGAAAAAAGUCAAAUUAAAAUGAACCAAGAUUUUAAAAGAAAGAAAAGAGCCAAGAAGCAAAAUCAUGUCAAAGCGGUCAUUUUUUUGUAAGAGGGAGGGGUCUGCUGGAAUACCACACACUGUUGAAGUUGACUUUGCACAUUAAGGUGAGACUUCCUGAGAGGGGGAGGGAUGUUGGGAGGGGAGCAGCCAAAGACAAGCCUGGCCUGUGAUUGGUCAGAGUCCUGGUUGACACAGAGCAGCCACACCUCCCCUGGGGUCAGUGCUGUUCAGAGGGAGGGGCGUGGCCUGCCUGUGAUAAAAUGCACACCUUUUUCUGGCAGCAGUUCGUAAAGGAGAGCGGUGCAGCUCGGGGGCUUUUUCAGGGUCUUAGUAACGGGAGAGCAAGACUAUUACCCUAACCACCAGUUUCAGUGGACACACGUCAUGCGGUGGGCCUUCGCUAGUGUACCCUCCUCCUGUCUGAGUCUCUGUGUUGUCUGCUGUGUGAACAUAAAGAGACGAUGCACUGAAGAAGAUGCUCCACACACAGGGUCAGAGUGGCGUCACUGUGCCCCUCCUCUCACCCCCAGCACUUUGCCAGGAACCCCCGUACCCUCAUCACAGGAAGAAAGCUGGGUCUGUGUCGGAGGUCAAGGGAUGUGGCCAUUUGAGGAGGGUUCACUUCCCUGAAGGACCUGUUCUGGUUCCUCUCCUACCAUCACUGGGUGUCACCCUGUAGCCUGCAGUACGUACAAACACACAGACCUCCCUGUGCUUUGAGUCCUUUCCACAGUUCUGCUUGAGGGCUCUGUCCCACUGCAGAGCUCAGAUACACCAAAGCAGAAGCGUACAGGAGCGUCUGGGCAAGUGGCCUGGGCGGAGCUAUGCUAAUCUGCUUUUAAGACGAUUGGCUGAGAACACAACACGCAGAAUGAGGGAGCGCAUCAAAAAAUACUUUAUUUUUAAUUCUAUUUUGUUAAAAUCAUAAUUAGUUUAUUUUCAUUCAGAUAUACUGAGAUAAGAAAAGGGUUGUAGAGAUGGUGUUUUGGGGAGCAUAACCGCCCCGUACAGUGAGAAGGCCGUACGCUGU